AUGACGAAUUCAGCGCCGAAAAUGAGUAACCGAGUGGAGAGGCAGGGCUCACCAAACACUGGUGGCAAGCGAAACCGUGGUGGUACAAUAAAAUCAUCGAGUUACUUCAACAGUAGCUGUAAACAGGUAAAAAAUUCACCUAACGGUCGACAAAGUUGUAGUCCACAAUUUUCAUCAAAAAAUGGUGGCAACUCACCAAUGAGACACGAUAGUCCGCGUCAUGGUAGUCCAACGAAUGCAUAUUUUGCUGGUGCUAAAUGGUCCGAGCCACCGUCCCCAGCUAGCCUACCAAAGCCACCGAGUCACUGGACAACGAGGCUCAUGACAAGUUGUCAGGCCGAGGCAUGUCACAACAUUUCAAAUCAUCUGAAAAUGAUUCUCAACAUCCAGGCUUGA